AUGGGUAAACUUGGUGAAUUUUCAAACAAUUUGACCGAUCAUUCCCAUUAUAUCGAGGAAGAUGCAAUUUUAACAGCAAGUAAUAACAGGAAUGUGGAAAAUGUAUUUAGGCAUAAAAAAGCGCCAUUUCGCAUGGAACAAAAAGGAACUUUGGUUGCUGAUUUGUGGAUUUCUACUACAACAAAGAAAACUGAAAGAUCAAAGUUUCCUCAUCCAAUAUCACAACAUACUCGAUUUAAUCCUCCCCCAAACAAUAAUAUAACAAUGUCUCAACCUACUCUAUUUUAUCCUCCAAGAGGAAAUGAUGUAAAUUCGCAACCUUCCCUGUUUUAUUUUCCCAAGGCAAUCCCACAAAUUAAUACAAUGCCAUCACAACCUCCUUUGUAUUAUCCUCAAAUGAAUAUGGCAAAAUCACAACCUCUGUUGUAUUUUCCCAAAUCUUUUCCACAAACAAAAAUAAAUAAAGCAACGACACAAAAAUUCCCCCCUGUGGUAAAUUCGCGAGUGAAUCCGCAACAUUUUCCCAUUCCUGAGGAACAAUCACGAUCGAAUAAUGAAAUGGUGUUUCCUUCUAAUCAACAAUUUCCGAAUAAUGAACAAAUGUUUUAUCAUCCGCAUCCUCCUAACCAGCAACUUCCAAAUAAUAAAGAAAUAUUUUUUCAUCCACUUCCUUUUAAUCAACAAUUUCCAAAUAAUAAUAUUCAUCCGCUGCCUUCUAAACAGAUUCCAAAUAAUAAAGAAAUGUCUUUUCAUCCACUUCCUCCUAACCAAAAACUUCCGGAUAAUAAAGUAAUGGUUCAGCAAUUUCAUCAUUCCAAAGACUCUUUACUAAUAGAAAUAGAAGAUGAAAUCAUCAAACCAAAUGAACAAAUAGAAGAUGACAUAUUCGAACAAUAUGAACAAAUAGAAGAUGAACCGAUCGAACAAUAUGAACAAAUAGAAGAUGAAUCGAUCGAACGAUAUGAACUAAUAGAUGAUGAAGAACAAUUAGAAUUUGGAACAAUUUAUCCUGAAGAACUAACAGAGCGAAUUCCAAAUACAUCGCGGGAUGCUGCUACUAAUCGAUCCAAGGAAGUUUCCAGAGAAACUGAAAAUCAAAGACGAAUGAUAUAUAUAAUUCCAGAUAUGCAAAUAGAGUCCGCUUAUGCACCAGACUUGAAAUUUCCAACAUCGGAAUUAUGGUUUGAUUACUUGAAUUCAACAGGUUUACCACGUGUACAUGAAAACAAUCAUUGUAUCGCGAUUGAUUGUGAAAUGGUUGGGGUUGGUGAAGGAGGGAGAACAUCUGCAUUAGCGAGAGUUAGCAUAGUUAAUUAUUAUGGUGAAAUAUUAUUGGAUAAAUUUGUUAGAAUUACCAGAAGAAUUACCGAUUACAGAACUCCAUUUAGUGGAAUUACGCCUCAAUCAUUAACUGAUGCAAUUGAAUUUAAUCAAGUGCAAAAAGAAGUUGAAAAACUUAUGGGAGGUCACGUAGUAGUUGGACAAUCAGUUUACUUUGAUUUCAAGGCCCUUAAAACCAAGCAUCCGGAUUAUUUGGUCCGAGAUACAUCAUUUUACAAUAGUAUCUUUGGUUUAGAUCGCGAGACACUUUCUUUAAAGAAGUUGGCUAAAAAUGUUUUAGGGAUCAAUAUUCAAGAAGGUGAACAUGAUUCAAUUGAAGAUGCAAGAGCUUCCAUGAUAAUUUAUAGGCAUCGACAGGCUGAGUGGGAAGAAUAUUUGAAGAAGAAUGGAUACCCAAAACCAAGGGGAUGUAGAAUUUGUAAUGCACAUCAUGUCGUUAAUGAAUGUCCAUAUAAUCGAAAGAAUUAUAAAAAGCGUAGAGAUUUUAGGGGUAGAAAUAGAAGAGAUGAUAACAUUGAUUAUGAUGAAUAUAAUAGGGAUCCUAAUACAUCUAAAUAUUAUUCAUAUAGCGGUAACUCCAAUAAUUCACAUUAUAAUUCACAUUAUAGACCUAAUUAUAAUUAUGUAAAUAGAAUUUCUCGCAUUAUUCAAAAUCUUCUCUAG